AUGACCGCCACCAGCAAAUUGUUGGAGCUUCGAUUAAGAUUAAAGGACAACUUUAAUGACAAAAAAACUCAUAAGGAAACCUUAUGGCAACAAAUUGUCAAAGAAAUGCGCGAAGCAGGGUUUAAUGUGGACGCAAAAAAAUGUAAACAAAAAUUCGCAAAUUUGCAGAAAACUUAUAUUAAGUGUAAAGACCAUAGGCGCAAAACAGGCACUGAACGAAUUAAUAAUCCCCCAUUUUAUUUUGAGCUGGAUGCGAUUUUAGGGGAGAAACAUAAAUGUCAUCCUCAAAAUUUACAAGACACUGAAGGUGAAGACUCCAGUACUAGCAUUUAUGACGAUCCCACACCAAGUACAAGCAGUACUACCAUGGCAAGCACUGAUAGUCAAGUAAAGGAAAAGAUAGGCAUUAAAAAUCGAUUUAAGAAAGUAAAGCAUGGUAUUAAACCAAAAACAUCCAACCAAAUAUAUCUAGAAUUCUUAACAAAACACUUACAACAAGAAGCACAGGAUCGCAAUCAGCAUUUUGCAGCAAUGCAUACGCUGUUCACAGAGCAAACUCGUCAGAGAGACCGAAUGCUGACAAUCCUAGAAAAAAUGACCAAAAAACGAAAACGCGAAAUGGAUUCCAGUGAAGAUGAAAAUUAA